GACGAGAGGCAUCUUCUCACACAGACUUCCAUGUAGGAGGUCAUCGUUUCUCUGCACUUUCUCAGUUUGAGGGAUCUUGAUAGUUUCACGUUGGACAAACCGGAUUCUUUUUUUUCUUUUUUUACUAAGAGGAUUUGACUCAUUAGUACAACAGGCAGGGAUGUACGGAUGCUUCAGGAGCAAAAACAGUGACGCCGCUGCCAUGGCAUCAGGACCUUCAGAUGUGAUGGCCAACCAGGAGCCUGCUGAGGUUGCAGAUGAGUGCUCAGGAAAGAAGAAGUCUAAGUUCCAGACAUUUAAAAACUUCUUUGCCAGGAAGAAGAAAAAGGAGGUUUCUUCAUCAGCGGAUCAGUCUUCGCUUAAAGGCAGCCAGUCGAGCGAUGAUAUCAGUAAAACAUCAGAAAACAAAGCACUCAGUCGCUCAGAGAAGGAGAAAGGUUCUGGGUCAAAGAUCAGUCUGGGCAGCAAAGCGUUGUCGCAUGACUCCGUCUUUGUCUCAGAUUCGUCGGAAGCAAACGAGGCUCUGGGGGCAUCUCAGGACAGCAUUCAUGGAAAAGUCAAAUCUCUUCAGCUCCAGCUGAAGCAGGCCAUCAGGCUGGGCUCUCCUCCAUCUCUGAUGUGUGUUAAGAAGACAGAAGAUGGCGGAACCAUGUCAGAAGAUGACGGUCUACCCUGCAGCCCCCCUGAAUACACUUCACCUCACACAGCCCUGAAUCAGGAUAAGAGGAACAGCUCCAUCAGCCUGGAGGGUAGCGACAGUGAUGAAGACCAGUCAUCCAGAGUUGGGAGCCCCCUUGUGGUGGUUCCAGGGGAUUUCAGUCUGCCUGCCAGCCCGUUUGGCUGUCUGGAUAACUCUGCUGCCAAACACAAGCUGGGCCUAAGAAGUAAGGCCUGUAACAGGAGGAAACCUGCCAAUAGACUUGACAUCAAAGCAGAGGAACAUAGCAGGAUGAAUGGAUCGUUGAACAUUCUGUCCCCAGAAUCUUUGGAGCCACAAGAGGAUGAGAAGAUAGGAGAUGCAAGUACAGAUGAGCUGGACCAGAAGCUGGAGAAAGAGGAUGAACCACCCAUGUUGGGAGAUAAGCAGGAAAGCAUGGAAGGAGAAGAUGUGAUGGAAGAAGAAGACCAGGAUGGUCGGGAGAGUUCCUGUCAAUCAAAGGAGGGAGGUCCAUCCUUUCCAAAGUGCAGCACCAGAACCUCCUCUCUGGACAGUUCCAGAGCAACACCAGAGCCCCCUGCUGGCCAGAAAGAUGUCUUCGACCAGCGAGUCCUUACAUGUGGAACAGAGGAGAGCAUGGAUGGACUAGGAGAGGCUGUGGAAGAAGAUGGCUCCUUCUUACAGGAGGUGCUGAACUCCUUACCUUCUUGUUCCUCGUGCGUGGACUCUGAGGAUGUUGUCCUGGAGAUGAAGGAAGAAGAUAAGGAGCUAGAAGAAGCAGAAGAUGAAGAGGUGAAGGAUCAAGAGCCUGUCUUUUAUCAGGAGGCUCCUUCUGAUGCCCUCCUGUCGGGUCAGACGAGUGCAGAAGAGGAGGUGGAGGAAGCUCCGCAGAGUGGGAGCACUGCUGCUUUCCGUACACAUGUCCAUGAAGAGGAGGAACGUGAAGAUGGUGAAGGCCAGGAGGAGGGGGAGGAAGAGCAUCUAGACAUGAAAAGAUUCAGUCAUCCUUGUAGCGAAGGAGAGAAAGCGCUGCCAGGGGAAGAGAUACCUGAAGAAGAACAAGCCUUGAUCCAAAGAAGAUCUGACCCACAGGAAGCACAGGAAGUGGUGACAAGUGAUGAAGAAGAGGAGACAACACAGCUGGAGGUAAAGGAGGAUCAGGAGAUGAGAGAGGAGGAGAAAGAGGAGACACAACAGAUGGUAGAGGAGGCAAUAGAUGUCAUGGAUGGAACUACUUCUAAAGCAGCAGGUGAAGAUAUUUGCAAUGUUCUCCCAGUCCAAGAGGAAGGGGAAGGUGCAGAUGCACUGGCAAGAGAUGAUGCUACCUGCAACCCACAAGUCAUGUAUGAUGACGGAACUCCUCCAGAAUCAUGUGAUCAGAAAGCUGACGCCGUACACAAGAACCAACCCCAUGGAAAUGAUGAAAGAACUGGUGGAGAGGACGGGGCUGUGGUGAAUGAAGACUUAAACCGACAUCUGGAUAAAGAAGAAGGGCUGGAGGCUCAGGACAUUUACAGGAAACAUAACAUGGAUGAAGAUCUAGAGCAGGACAAAUCAAAAGUGAUGCACACCAUAUCACCCAUGUCUUCUUCCUCUUUGUACUUUGAGUCUUUUUCACCAGUAAAUAAGACUCCCACUAAGACCAACCUUCAAAGUGAGACCUUCAGUCCCACUAAGACCAACCUUCGAAGUGAGACCUUCAGUCCCACUAAGACCAACCUUCAAAGUGAGACCUUCAGUCCUGCUAAGACCAUCCUUCCAAGUGAAACUUUGACUCCCACUGAGAUCAAUCUUCAAAGUGAGACCUUCAGUCCCACUAAGACUAACCUUCAAAGUGAGACCUUCAGUCCCACUAAGACUAAAAUUCCAAGUGAGACAUUCAGUCCCACCAAGAUCGACCUUCCUUUUGAAACUUUCACUCCCACUAAGACCAACCUUCCAAGUGAGACCUUCAGUCCCACUGAGACUAACCUUCAAAGUGAGACCUUCACUCCCACGAAGACUAACCUUCAAAGGGAGACCUUCAGUCCUGCUAAGACCAUCCUUUCAUGUGAAACUUUGACUCCCACUGAGAUCAAUCUUCCAAGUGAAACCUUCAGUCCCACUAAGACUAACCUUCAAAGUGAGACCUUCAGUCCAAUUAAGACUAACAUUCCAAGUGAGACAUUCAGUCCCACUAUGACCAACCUUCCUUGUGAUACCUUCACUCCCAAAAAGACCAACCUUUCAAGUGAGACCUUAAGUCCCACUAAGACUAACCUUCAAAGUGAGACCUUCACUCCCACUAAGACCAAACUUCCAAGUGAGACCUUCAGUCCCACUAAGACCAUCCUUCAAAUUGAGACAUUCGGUCCCACUAAUACUAACCUUCAAAGUGAGACCUUCAGUCCUGCUAAAACCAGCCUUCCAUGUGAUACCUUCAGUCCCGCUGAGACCAAACUUCAAAGGGAGACCUUUGCUUCCUCUAAGACCAACCUUCCAUGUGAGACCUUCACUCCCAUCAAGACCAACCUUCUAAUUGAGACUUUUACUCCUACAAACACCACCAUUCUAUGUGAGACCUUCAGUGCCCCUGAGACCAGCCUUCAAAGGGAGACCUUUACUCCCAGUAAGACCAACCCUCCAAGUGAGACCUUUUCUCUCACUGAAACCAACCUUCCAUGUGAGACCUUUUCUCUCACUGAAACCAACCUUCCAAGUGAGAUCUUCACUCUCGAUAAGACCAACCUUCCAAGUGAGACCUUCACUCCCACUGAGACCAACCCUUCAAGUGAGACCUUCAUUCCCAUUCCGACCACCACUAUCCACAUGAACCUUGUCUCUCCCAGUUCAGAGACAGGAAAGACGUUGGCCUUAAAUCUGUCCCCAACUGAAGAACAAUUGAUACCGUCUCAUGAAAUAACAACAGAACAUGUUGAAGAAGAAACUUACAAAGUGUUAGAAGUGGUUGCUGAUGAGGAACAACAGGUGGAGCAAGUAUUUGAUACAACGGUUGGUGUGGAAAAGGUUACCAUUCCAUCACUUGAGGAAGAAGUAGGGAAAUAUGGUGGUUCAAAUCAGAACAAAGUCUGUUCCACAUUAGCCCCGGUCUGGCAGAGGUCUCUCUCUGUAGGGGAUUCCAAAAACAUUCCACUGUCUUCCCUAACCCCAUCUGGUGAUGAAGAUGGUGAAGAAACCAUCAAGAAGGACCUCCAUGCGGAUGCACAGUCCCAUACACAUGUGCUAGUGACUUCUGGUAAAACAAACAUGGCUGGUGACAAUGCUGUCAAACCUCAGAAGACUGUGUCUCAGGACCCCGUCAGAGCUCAGACCUCGCCUGUUGCAGCCAAAGAAGAGAGUUCAGUGGUUGUGGAGGGAAGCUACGACAGUCUCUUUGGUGUUCGGCUCAGGAAGACAGCAGUUCUGCACACCCUUAGCUCAGAGGAGGAAAAUACAGAGGCACCCGUUGAACCUUCAGCACAGCCUGUCAGCUCUAAAGUCGAGCCAACUGCCAUUGUCAAACCCACAAGUCCAGCUACCAGCAACAAACCUGCUCUCCCCAAGAAACCAGAUAUUCAUGGAGACAGUGGAGUGAAAACCAAGCGUGUCUCAGAGCCUGUUCCAGUCCGUAAUGUUUCUAUUGGGUCUGAGUGUCCUAGCUGGAUCUCUGUGGCCAGACAGAAACAAAACAUCUAUAAAAAAAACUCACUGGAUGAAAUGACGGUCAAGAAGGAGGAACAAGACAAGAAGUCUCCACUGCCAGCGUACGUCAGCUCUGCUGCAAGGAAAGAACUCGGCAACAAAAUGCCUGAAUUCACUGGAAAAGUGAGUUUGUCAGAAAGCAGCAAUCCUCCAUGGCCUGCAGAGAAGGAGAGCAGGAAGUCUCUGUCGCCUCCUACUCCGGUGCCACCUCAGCCUCCUAAAUCCCAAGCACAGUCCUGCCCUGCCCUCGCUAAACCACCGGCUCCUCUGGUCACUGCCAAACCUGCAUCCUCCCAACCAUCCCUGUCCUCCCCCGCUCCGGCUCCUCUGAAAUCUCCCACAAGCGUCAAUCCUCCUGUCCUCUCCAAAACCUCCCCCCCGUCCAAGCCCGCGCUCACAUCACCUCCUUUUUCAUCGAGAGUCAACCCUCCCCUGCCGGCGCCGAGAGCUCCUGCGCCUCCCGCUCCAGCUUCUGUAGCCCAGCGUGGUCUUUCACCUUCCUCCUUGCCCCAAGAUGAGCCACCUUGGAUGGCUCUGGCCAAGAAGAAGGCCAAAGCUUGGAGCGAGAUGCCUCAAAUCGUUCAGUGACACACCCAGGUGUGCUCCUCUGCUUCAAUGUUGCGCUUUGAAGGCCACUUGACUCUCCACUAACAGGCUGGAUGGACCACACUACAUUUGCACAUUAGGCAAAGCUCUUCUUGCUUCCUUGUUUGCUUGUAAGCAUCCGGCCAUCUUCUGUAAAAUGACUCCAAUCACGCUAAGCAUUAAUAUGUUGUCAUUUGAACCUUCCGCCAUACUUGGAGGUCAUAAGGUGCCUAAUUAAGGGAAAGGAUGGAGGCACCUGACUCAUUAUGGUGAGAAAAAGUACAGAGGAGUUCCAGGACCACACUGAAGGGAAUACAAAGUACAAUUAUGAGGGGAAAGCAAUGUAACGGUAUGAGAAAAUGUAAAGUGAUUCUUCGUGAAUGACAAAACGCCCUCAAAAAUCUGAAGGGAAAAGUCAGCGUUUUCUCAUGCAUAUUUGUUAAAAAUUCUUUAUCCAUCCAACCAGCUUCUUCCGCUUAUCCGAGGUCGGGUCGCGGGGGCAGCAGCCUAAGCAGGGAAGUCCAGACUUCCCUCUCCCCAGCCACUUUAUCCAGCUCCUCCCGGGGGGUCGCGAGGCGUUCCCAGGCCAGCCAGGAGAGAUAGUCUUCCCAACAUGUCCCUGGGGAGGCGUUCGGGUGGCAUCCUGACCAGAUGCCCGAACCACCUCAUCUGGCUCCUCUCCAUUUGGAAGAGCAGUGGCUUUACUUUGAGCUUCUCCCAAAUGGCUGAGCUUUUCACCCUAUCUCUAAGGGAGAGCCCCGUCACCCGGCGGUGGAAACUCAUUUUGGCGACUUUUACCCGGGAUCUUGUCCUUUUGGUCAUGACCCAAUGGCAUGACCAUAGGUGAGGAUGGGAACGUAGAUCGUAAAUUGAGAGCUUUCCCUUCCGGCUCAGCUCCUUCUUCACCACAACGGAUCGAUACAGCGUCCGCACUAAUGAGGACGCCGCACCGAUCCGCCUGUCGAUCUCACGAUCCAUUCUUCCCUCAUUCGUGAACAUGACUCCGAGGUAAUUGAACUCCUCCACUUGGGGCAAGAUCUCCCUACAAACCUGGAGAUGGCGCUCCACCCUAAAAAUACUUUAUUUCUGUAAAAACUGUUCUCAUCUUAACAUCCUGUAUUUUAUGCUCAUAAUAUUACAACUUGAUUCCACAUUGGGAAGAAAUUCAUGUGGCCCCAUUCCUGGGAAGGGGGGAGGGUAAAUAUUUUAUGCAUUGCAGUUUCCUGAAAAUGAUGGAAAGCGCCACUCAACAUAACAACUGACGCCGUGGUCAACGGAGGAAUUGCCACAAAACACACUUUAAAACAUUCCACACUACAAUUCAGUCCAUCCAUCCAUUUUCUACCGCUUCUCUCUUCGGGUGUUGCAGGGGGUGCUGGAGCCUAUCUCAGCUACGUUCGGGUGGAAGGCGGGGUACACCCUGCACAAGUCGCCACCUCAUCACAGGGCCAACACAAAUAGACAGACAACAUUCACAAUCACAUUCACACACUAGGGCCAAUUUAGUGUUGCCAAUAUUAAAUAUUAGUAAUAUUUAAUACAGCACCUUUAUUAUUCAUUAUAUGAUAACACAAGCUAUUCACAAAAAAGUUAAGGAUAUUUGACUUUCUAGUGAAAUUUCAAGAUGUAUCUAAACCAGGGGUGUCAAACGUACGGCGUGAGGGCCAAAUUAUACCCGCAAACAGCUUUUAUCCGGCCAGCGGGAUGAGUUUGCUAAGUAUAAAAAUGUAACUCAAAUAUUUGAAUGAAAGAAACAGCUGUUCUAAAUGUGUCCACUGGGUGUCGCAAUUGCAAUUUUUUGUAUCUUAGUAGAUGAUGCAACAUGUGUACAAAGUAAACCAUAUGAUGACACUGCACCAGUCGAGGAAAAUGAUCAAACUACAAAAAUAGCAUGCUGUAAUUUGAUUUUGACAUAAUUUUGGUACCUUGAUAGAUUAAAAAAUUAACACCAAUGACUUGACUGAUGAACAUUAUCACAUAACAAAAUAAUAAGAAAAUAUAAAUAACGACAAAUAAAUUACUAACCGCAACAUCUAAAUGUAAAGAAAAUCUAACAUUAUGAUUUUUACAUUUGUGCUUGGUCUUUUUGUAAACAAAGAAAACAAUCUGAAGUUGUCUUUAUUUUUUAGUUAUCGUGGCGUGAUAUUACCAGUCUGGACCACUUGGGAGUAGAUUUUCUCCAUGUGGCCCCCCAUCUAAAAUGAGUUUGACACCCGCGAGCUAAACCAUACAAUAACCUUUACACGUGAACCUAAAACUUCUAAAUGGAAAUGUCCAAAGUUUCCAUACUUUUGAACACCAAAACUAAAACAGGUGUGAUCCAUGCAUCAACCAAAAUACAUUUUCACAGAAAAAAAACUCUUCCAGUCUGUAACUCUAAGCUCAGUGGCCACUUUCCUCUGGCAUCAUCCUUUGCUGAUUGCUUGUUGAGGUGUGCUCUUGGACUCAUGUUGUCAAAAAGUGAACAACAUGAUGAAGAGGACUGAAAAUACCAAAUGUAUUGAUACAAUCAUGGAUCACACACUUGUUGGCUCCUUAGUAAAUGGAUUGUACUUGUAAAGCGCUUUUCUACCUUUUUAAGGAACUCAAAGCGCUUUGACACUAUUUCCACAUUCACACAUUGAUGGAGGGAGCUGCCAUGCAAGGCGCUAACCAGGACCCAUCAGGAGCAAGGGUGAAGUGUCUUGCUCAAGGACACAACGGACGUGACUAGGAUGGUAGGUGGGGAUUGAACCAGUAACCCUCAGAUUGCUGGCACGGCCACUCUCCCCACGUCGUCCCCAAGAACUAGUUGUGUGAAAAGUAUUGAGGCAUUGAACGCUUGGAAAAUUCAAAUAUUUAGACAAGGUCAAAUGAAGUUCACCUGCACAUUUUAGUUUUUAUCCUGCAUUUUUUUUUUGUUAGUGCAAACAUUUUUUACGCGCAAUAUGUUGGCAUCUUGUCAUUCCAUGAAUUUAUUCUCAUAGUUGUAUUUUUGUUUCCUUUCCAUGGUGGCCGUGAUGCUCCUCGCUCAGAUAGAGACGGGGACACUGCGAUGUGUUUCGUACUCAGAAAAGAGGCAAUGUAGCAGUUUGUGCAAGUGCUUCCUUCAGGAGCUCAUACUUUUAAGGAAUAUAAACCACUUUGAAAUCGUAAGCGCAUCCAACAUCGACUAAACGAAAUGUGUUCAUCUGUGCUUAAGGCAAAUAUUUCUUUCAUCACACAAGCUACUAAAACCAAACUUUUCUGGCGGUCAAUGGAUUUUUAAGUCUUUCUUUUGGGUGUUUUAAAGCAAGUGAUGUGUCAGCAUCUUUUAACUUGAUCUUAAAACUUUUAACAAUUAUCCUUUUUUUCAGAAUUUUUCAUUUGCAUUGCCAUUUGAUUAUUGUUUAUUUUCUCAUCACUACCAAAAACGAUGUCACUGGUAGUGAAGAAGCAGCCGAUAUGAGGAGAUCCAUGUGCUGCAGCAAGGAAAGCAAGAAAGGCUUCAUUUCUGGUAGCGGAUUCAUCUAAUAUCUCACACACUUAUGUUGUAUGUGUUUGUUCUAUUUUGUAUUGCCUUGGAAAAUUUGUGGUGUACAUACGAGGUGCAGUGAAUAACAAAUUAAAUCUUUUUUUUCUGUG